GAGUGAGAAAUUGAAACAGAGUUUUGUAAAAGAAAAAUAAAAAUAAAAACAGAGAGUUUUUUCUUUUUUUUUUUUUUUUUUUUUUGAAAAAUAGAGAGAGAAGAAAGUUACGGAAAGAUGGGUGAUGUUAUACUGUUCGUUCAGGAUUUGAAAUUAAAUCCUGGAAUCUCAUACUGUAGAAUUUGCCAUGAAGGAGAGUUUGAAAAUUCUAACAGCUUGGAAGCUCCCUGCUCAUGCUCUGGAACUGUGAAGUUUGCACACAGAGAUUGCAUACAGAGAUGGUGCAACGAGAAGGGCAACACAACCUGUGAAAUAUGUCUCCAGAAUUACGAGCCUGGAUAUACAGCUCUUCCAAAGAAAUCUCAGCUAAUUGAUGCAGCAGUAACCAUUAGAGAAAGCUUGCAGAUUCCAAGAAGAGAGCAAGAGCCGCUAAGUCCAAGAUUAGCGUCCUUAGCUGAAGGGGUAUCAUUGGAAAACGAUGACUCCGAGUGUAAUUCCGCGGCAGAUAGAAGCGCGUCUUGCUGUCGAUCACUGGCCCUCGCUAUUACAGUGAUUUUGCUGGUGAGGCAUCUUUUCGCGGUGUUUAAUGGUGGAGCAGAAGAUUACCCUUUCACGCUUCUCACAAUAAUUAUAUUAAGGGCAAGCGGAAUUAUCCUACCAAUGUAUUUAUUAAUUCGAACAAUCACAGCACUUCAAAACAGCAUCCGGCGACAUCACACGCAGGAUUCUGAUGAUGAGGACAGCUCAACCUUUGAUGGAGACGAAGAGGGUGAGCGGCAGCGGCAGCAACAUAUAGUUUAAACACUGAUUAAUUUUGUCUACGAGAGCACUCUUUCAAUGCUCUAAUCUUUUGUCAAUUUGAUGAUAUAAAUGAAAGGAACAAAAACAAAUUGAGUUCUUUUUCAAAA